AUGCGGCCCCUGCUCUGGGCGCUGGCCGGGCUGGCCCAGCUCUGCGCCGCAGGCGCUUUGGCCGCUGCAGAACGCUUCACAGCUCCCCGAGGAGACUCAGCUCAGAGCACAGUGUGUGUGGCUAUGCAAUGCCAUCUAGAUGUCAUAGGGGAGAUGGUACAGAAGACCGUGGAUCACCUGCGGACACAGGUGAAAGGCCUGCUGGGCCUGCUAGAGGAGCUGGCCUGGAACCUGACGGGGGGACCCUUCAGCCCCGUCUCCGACCUCCUCGGAAAAGAUGGCUUCUGAGCCCCGGAGCUGGAGCCCAGCAGCUGGAGGUGGUGCACCUGCCAGGCAGCACCCUCUGAGAGCCAGCGCUGUCCUCUCGCCUUCCUUCCUCAUCUUCGUGUGAAAUAAAAGCUACUGUUUUUGGUCUC